GGCGGCAGCCGCGGUGGUGGCAGCGCGCGGAGUCGGGCGCCCCGGUUUUCUCGGGCGGCUGUUAGCCCCCCACCAGCCUCUAUAAGGCUUUUCCUUUCCAACUUCAGCUACAGUGUUGGCUAAGUUUGGAAAGAAGACAAAAAGAAGACCCCCCUAGGCCGUUUUCCUUUUAUUUUUCAUAGUAGUCUUUGGGGUCUUUUUGCACAAAGCUUUUGUGUUUUUAGCGGUGCUAUCUUCUGUUCUUUGCACUCCUGUUAACAACAAUCACCUCGGAAGAGCAGCAGCAACAACCGUAGCAGCAGAAGAACAAGUCGGGGUGGGGGGAGGCGCCUGGUGUCAUGAACAGGGCAAGAGAUCCAAACCGCCGGGGAGGAUGCUGUGGAUCCUUAGCAAACUUCCUGACCUCUGCAAAAUUCCUUCUUUACCUUGGCCAUUCUUUGUCUACCUGGGGAGAUCGAAUGUGGCACUUUGCAGUGUCUGUGUUUCUGGUAGAGCUUUAUGGAAACAGCCUUCUCUUGACUGCAGUCUAUGGACUGGUGGUGGCAGGGUCUGUUUUGUUUCUGGGAGCCAUCAUUGGAGAUUGGGUGGAUAAGAACGCCAGACUUAAAGUGGCCCAGACCUCACUGGUGGUACAGAACGUUUCGGUCAUCCUGUGUGGAAUCAUCCUGAUGAUGGUUUUCUUACAUAAGAACGAGCUUCUGACCAUGUACCAUGGAUGGGUUCUUACUUCCUGCUAUAUCUUGAUCAUCACUAUUGCAAAUAUUGCAAAUUUGGCCAGUACCGCUACUGCAAUCACAAUCCAAAGGGAUUGGAUUGUUGUUGUUGCAGGAGAAGACAGAAGCAAAUUAGCAGAUAUGAAUGCUACAAUACGAAGGAUUGACCAGUUAACCAACAUCUUGGCCCCCAUGGCUGUUGGCCAGAUUAUGACGUUUGGCUCCCCAGUCAUCGGCUGUGGUUUCAUUUCGGGAUGGAAUUUGGUGUCCAUGUGUGUGGAGUACUUUCUGCUCUGGAAAGUUUACCAGAAAACCCCUGCUCUAGCUGUGAAAGCUGCUCUUAAAGUAGAGGAAGCUGAAUUGAAACAGCUGAAUUUACAAAAAGAUACUGAGCCAAAACCCCUGGAGGGAACUUGUCUAAUGGGUGCGAAAGACCCCAACAUCCUUGAGCUUGAACGUGAGCAAGAGCCCAGCUGUGCCUCCCAGAUGGCUGAGCCCUUCCGCACCUUCCGAGAUGGAUGGGUCUCCUAUUACAACCAGCCAGUGUUUCUGGCUGGCAUGGGUCUUGCUUUCCUCUAUAUGACUGUUCUGGGCUUUGACUGUAUCACUACAGGGUACGCCUAUACUCAGGGGCUGAGCGGCUCCGUCCUCAGUAUUUUGAUGGGAGCUUCAGCCAUAACUGGAAUAAUGGGAACUGUGGCUUUUACUUGGCUCCGCCGAAAAUGUGGCCUGGUGCGUACUGGUCUGAUCUCAGGAUUUGCACAGCUUUCUUGUUUGAUCUUGUGUGUGAUCUCUGUAUUCAUGCCUGGAAGUCCCUUGGACUUGUCUGUUUCUCCUUUUGAAGAUAUCCGAAGCAGGUUCAUUCAAGCUGAGCCACUGCCCGCAAUUACAUCUACACAAGUACCUGAAACCAUCUUUACAGCUGAAAUGCAUAUGUCAAAUGGGUCCAGUCCUACUAAUUCUGCCCUACCGACGAGUCCUAAAUCUGUGCCCAUAAUCUCUGUCAGUCUGCUGUUUGCAGGUGUCAUUGCUGCUAGAAUUGGUCUUUGGUCUUUUGAUUUAACUGUGACACAGCUCCUGCAAGAAAAUGUAAUUGAAUCUGAAAGAGGCAUUAUUAAUGGUGUCCAGAACUCAAUGAACUAUCUUCUUGAUCUUCUGCAUUUCAUCAUGGUCAUCCUGGCUCCGAAUCCUGAAGCUUUUGGGUUGCUUGUAUUGAUUUCAGUCUCCUUUGUGGCAAUGGGCCACAUUAUGUAUUUCCGAUUUGCCCAAAAAACUCUGGGCAACCAGCUCUUUGUUUGUGGUCCUGAUGAAAAAGAAGUUAGGAAUGAGAAUCAAAACAAUACAUCUGUUGUGUAAGACGGUUUAACUGUUGCUAUCCCUGUUACUAGAUUAUAUACUGCACAAGUGCUUAUUUUAUACUUUAAAGGUCCUGUGAAUUGUUGGGUGUUUCUAGUUUUUACC